GUGAAAAAAUCCCAAGUGAGAUAUAGAAACUACGCAUCUCUGUCUUGGAAACCAACAAAGUAAAAGAUCAGCUUGCUAGAGGUUUCUAGGUUGCUAUUAAUAGCUCUGUUCGUGCUGUGUUUCUUGUAUAGCUAUGGCUUCCGUAUCCAUAGCUGGCUGCCUGCUGACUCAAAAUCAGUAUUAUCGAAAAUCCAGUAUUUGUUCAGUAAAUUCUUCCUCUGGCUCUGAUCCUGUAAACUUCACAGACAUGGAGAAAGCCCAUCCAGGUUUACCUGAAGAAGCUGAAUCAAACUGGUGGUUCAAAUCCUUUUUCCAUUCAGAUCCUGUCCCUCCAGAUAAAGAAAGGAAAGAUUUGUUUAUUAUUAGCAUUAGUAGUUAAUUCCAACAAUCAAGCUGCCUCUGCCUGUUAUAACACAUUCGUAUCCCUAAAUAUUAAUGAUAUUCCAGAUGACCAUACUCCAUGGCAGUGAGGCAAUAACUAUUUGAAACCUCAGUUGGGAGAAGAGAUAACAACAUUAGA